AUGGAAGGUAGGAAGUUUUCCGGUCAUUCCGCCGGAUUUCGUAAAUAUCGUGAUUCAUCUCUCAAAUCGAGCUUCGUCUUCGUUGUUAUAAUGGUGAUCGGCCGGAAAGUAACCCGUCGCACCAACAGGACAACUUCCUCAGCUCGCAAAACUACAACUCGCGAAGAUCGCGAUUCUUCUCCGGAACCUGCGUCUCCGUUGACUUUCACUAUAUCGCCGGAUAGUGUUCAUUCGCCGUACUACCUUACCAGCGGUGACAAUCCCGGCCACUCUAUUAUCUCUGAGGUACUCGAUGGAACCAAUUACGAUAACUGGCGUAUUGCUAUGAACAUCGCGCUUGAUGCUAAGAACAAAUUAGCUUUUAUCGAUGGAUCUAUUGCUAGGCCUAGUGAAUCUGAUCAGCUCUUCAGGAUUUGGUCUAGAUGUAAUUCGAUGGUGAAAUCAUGGAUUCUCAAUUCCGUUUCAAAGGAAAUUUACAAAAGUAUUCUCAGAUUCAAUGAUGCUUCUGAAAUUUGGAAAGAUCACUCGACUCGUUUCCACAUCACCAGUUUACCGCGAUCUUAUCAACUCUCUCAACAAAUUUGGUCUCUGAAUCAAGGAUCAAUGGAUCUCUCCACCUACUACACCAAAUUGAAGACGUUGUGGGAUGAGCUCGACGGUACUAGUUGUGAGAAAACAUGUCAUCAUUGUGAUUGCUGCAAAUCUAUGGAAAAGAAGGCAGAUCAUGCUAAGGUCAUUAAGUUUUUGGCUGGUUUGAAUGAAUCUUACAAUGUCAUUCGCAGCCAGAUCAUAAUGAAGAAGAACGUUCCUGCUUUAUCUGAGAUCUAUCACCUCUUGGAUCAAGAUCAUAGCCAGCGUACUAUUCUUCCCGUUCACAAUGCCACUGCCUUCCAAGUGACAGUUCCAGAUGCUUCUCCUCCUGCCUCUGUGAAUGCAGCUCAGACGAAUUAUCAGCCUCAGAAGCAGAACCAACGAGUAUGUACUCAUUGUGGUUACACUGGUCAUACUGUGGAUACUUGUUUCAAAAUCCACGGCUAUCCACCUAAUUUCAAGCAUAAGAAUCAGAAAUCUGUGCCUGAAAAGCCUUCUUCGAUCACCAAGCCUCCUCAACAAUCUCGUCCCGUUGUUGCUCAGGUUGCGAUUCCUUCAGUUGACACCGUACCUGAGAAGUUCACUCAGCUGUCUAAAGAUCAGAUUCAGGGAGUCAUCGACUACUUCAAUGCGCAGCUCCACUCUUCUGUCAAUCAACUUUACGAUGAUACUCAGAUUCCCGGAGGUACAAUCACUACACUUCCUGGUAUGGCAUUCUCUUCCUCUACGUUACACUUUGUGGGAGCCUUGAGAGCCACCGGUGGUGUCUUGAAUUCUGAGUCUUGGAUCAUUGAUAGUGGCGCAACGCACCAUGUUUGUCAUGACAAACGUUUGUUCUCGAUGUUAUCAGAAAAUGUUCAUUCCUCUGUGACUCUACCUACGGGUUCUGGUGUUCAGAUCACAGGAAUUGGCAGUAUCAAACUCUCUGAAUACAUGAUUUUGAAAAACGUGUUAUAUAUCCCCGAUUUUCGACUGAAUCUCCUCAGCAUCAGUCAACUGACUAAAGAUUUGGGAUAUAGAGUCUCAUUUGACAGUGUUUCUUGUGUGAUACAGGAUCCUAUCAAGGGAUUGAUGAUUGGUCAGGGUGAAGAAGUGGCUAAUCUCUAUGUCUUGGAUGUUGAGUUUGGAUUGCAGCAGUCUUCUCAACAAUCUAGUUUUCUUUGUAAUGCUGUUGUUGAUUCGGAAUUAUGGCACAAUAGACUUGGCCAUCUGUCAGAUUUCAAAACGGAUUUUGUCACUGAUGUACUUGGAAUCAAAAAAUAA